AAGCUCAGCAUAUUUGCUGCAGUGUACAACUGGAUAGCGGCAUUGUGGCAUCGAAGCCACAUCGGGCACCGAAGCGAGUACUCGGUCGAGCGGCUGCUGGCAUUUCGCGACAACUAUCAGCGAACUUCGCUGCUACGCGCGAUUGCUGUUUGCAUUAUUUCGCCAAUUCCUGCGGUAGUCGUGACCCUGCUGAUCGACAGUAUACCUCUGAAGUCCCCUUCGGAAGGAUGGCAAGCAAAUUACGCCUUUUGGAUUCGGUAUUUCCUGGCAACAGCUACCGUGACAGUAGGCGCUGUCGCUCAAGUACAGGAGCAAAUACUACCAGGGACUAUUUCAAAUUGCGGAGCUAUUGUCAUCGCGUUGGGGACCGCUGCUACCGACAUAUCAGUGGCGAUGUUUGUUGCUGCCAUGUGGGCCUUCCCGAUUCCGUUUGGAUAUAUUAUCAUGGUGGGGCCCUAUAUGGUUUUAGGGUGGGUAUUUACACUUCUGGUAAUUGGCCGUCGACUGCUUGUCGAGUCUCCGGUACUUCGUCAGCAGCUUCAGGCUCAAGCAAUUAUUCUUUUUGCCAAGGGGGCUGUGGCGAUGGCGUAUCCGGCGUUUACCGCAGUAUGUUAUCACCUAUCGGGGACCCAGCCAACGAUAUUUAUCAUUGUGUUGCCACUUUUCAAGAAGGUCACCAAGAUUAUCCUUGCGAUGGCAGCGGAAGGUCUCCAUGAAUUCGUUGGACCGACGGUGGUUUUCUCGGUGGAUGUUUUCAACGUUUUUUACGUGGCAAUUUGCAUGCAGAUGUCGAAAUCGAUCGCCACUACGGUCUUCAUUAUUGCGUUCGACAGUUUUCACGUUCUAGUUGCACUGCGUGAUAUUUUCAAGCAAGCCAAAGCCGUUAAAAAGACUCGGAUGAAGCGGCGAUCAAGUGACAAGAGCUACAUUGAGGACUUACCAGGAAUGGUGCGGGGAGUUUUCGAAAAGUCCUGCGAUGAUUCGUGGCAUGGCUGCCGUAUUCGAGUCUUUGCUCCCUUUCCUCUGCCUCUAUCAGAUGAAAGCACAGCUUUCAUGAACACCUUUCGGACUACUAGCCAUAAUAUGGUCCGCAAUACUGCGUUGCCUACACUACCUUCGUCUGCCACAGUGAGCCCGAAACAAGCUCAGAUAUUUCAAGCUGGUCAAGACUUUGAGCGCUAUCGCACCACGACGUUGACGCCUAGCCUUUCGGCCAAUUGUCUACGUACUCGUACGUCCCAAACGGAGAUGGAGCAGGCUGUGUGGGAUGCACUUCAAGCCCUCUUUCAUUCGGAAUACCUUCUCUUGACCGAGUACAUUGAGUGUAUUCUGCCGAUGCUCUACGCUGUAUACCUGUUCAUUCUUUUCAAUCUUCCAGUGGCGGCAUAUUACCCGCAAACAGCAGCAUCAACCCCCGAGAAGUUGGACCAGGAUGUUAUCAACAUCCUUUUGUUCGGGACAGUCGAGAUCGCAGGGUUCGCCGGCCUGCUUGUACUUCUCACCAAGCAGUUUGGGGUCUGCCCCCUCUACCAGCUUGCGUUCGUCUUUGAGUCGCAGUGGCGCCUCUUGCAAGGCCACUUAUUCGUGUGGACCGUGUUCAUCUUGCAAAUGCCGCUGAUGCAUUACGGU